AUGAUAACCAACAAGGUUUACUUCGAUGUGACCAUUGGCGGCAAGAAGACCGGCCGCAUCGUCAUAGGCCUGUACGGCAAGAAGGUCCCCAAAACCGUGGAGAACUUCCGUGCCCUUUGCACGGGCGAGAAGGGUUUCGGCUACAAGGGCUCGAAAUUCCACAGGGUCAUCAAGGACUUCAUGAUCCAAGGCGGCGACUUCACCAAGGGCGACGGCACGGGUGGCAAGUCCAUCUAUGGUGAGAAGUUCGCAGACGAGAACUUCAAGCUGAAGCACAAGCGGCCAGGUCUCCUCUCGAUGGCAAACGCCGGGAAGGACACGAAUGGCAGUCAGUUCUUCAUUACCACUGUGACCACCCCGCACCUGGAUGGUCGGCACGUCGUCUUCGGGACCAUCCUUGAGGGCAUGAAGUUCGUGAGGGAGAUCGAGAAGCAGAACGGCACGCCACCUGCAGAGGAGUGCAAGAUCGAGGAUUCUGGGGAGCUAGAGCUGGAGAAGCCUUUCAAGGACUCGACCUACCGAGGGAAGCUGAACGAGGAGCUUUGA